CUUCCAAAAGCCAGUUCGGUAACAAAAGCAUCAGGUUCCAGAACAUGCAAAGCAGCCACAAUAAAUCCUUCGACUUAGCCAAGGCUCCAGCCCAGUUCAGCUUGGCGAGCUCUCCACGAACGAUGAAGCCAGCUAGAAGAGUCAAAGAGUGCAAGUCGCAGCUCUAAGGAGCAACAUCAGGUUUGUUCCCGACCAGCUCAAGAGUCAUGGGUCUUAUUUAGGAGUCAAGAGCCGAGUCUUGAAGGAGUCUGUUGACUUGUUGAAACUCAUACACAACACUCAGCUUAAAACGGAGAAGGAAAGGCUAAAGAGUAAGAAACAUUCUGAGUGUUCUCAAGAUCCUCCUCCCGUUCAAAUACUGAACUAAGGAAGACGUUAUUAAAGAGGAACUGAUCCAGUACAGGUCUCUUACAAAAUCCCUUCUUGAAAAGAUAGAUCAACUAGAAGCCAAGGUGAGUGAGCUUAGUCAUCAAAACUUCCUAUAUUCCAUUGAGAAUGCGGGUUCUAAAUCAGAAGCAGUAGAGGGUAUCAAAAGUAAACUUGUUCAACAACAUGAACAAAUGACUCAAUUGAAAUUCAGCCAUGGCUUGGUUGUCAAACAAUAUGAGCAACAGCUUGAAUCCAAAGAUGCUGAGAUAGCUUCUCUUUGAGAUAAAAUUAAUGAACUUGAACAAAGUCUUAAAGAUAAUAGUUUUAAAGAUGGCAAGGUAGAAUUUAAAUUUUUAGAUAUGACUACUUUUAUAAAUAAAUAUGAAGAUAAUGAAAAACAGAAUAAGGAAUUGAUUGAGGAAAAGCUAAAUCAACUUGAAGCCCAAAGGCAUAGCGAUCUGAGAAUCAUCGAGUCUUUAGAGCUUAAAGUUAAACUGAUCCCUCAGUAUAAAGAACAGAUCGAAUCCCUUAAACGUAAAAUAAAUCUGUAUUUAAACAAAGAGACUGUAAAUAAAGAUAGAGUGAGGAGUGUAAAUUUGUACUCUCUUGUAAAAAAAUAUGGUGAAUCCUACGCCUAAAAUUAAAGACGUAGCAAAGAAUCCUCCCAAGGUCAAAAUAAAAUCAAAAUCGAUACAUAUGACAUCAAAGAAAAGACAGAGCAUGUUGAAUGGAGAUAAAGAUACUCUACAAUCGAAGGCUUCAGAGAUGGUUCCUAAAACUUUCAAGAGAGCAACUACUCUUUACCACGGGUUUGAUGCUACCAGAAAGAUUAUAUCCCAAAAUAUGGACAAGUCUGGGAAGACUGAUAAUUCUCAGAAAGACCAAAAGCCUACUAGGAAGGGUCAUAAGGAAUUCUCUGAGAUCAAACCCUCAGGGAAGUUCGAGCUUGAAGAAAAGUAUGUGGUUCCUCAACAAGAAAUAAGUGACUAUGACUCACAAGAUUGUAAGGACAUCCGAGACAAGUACAGUUUCAGAGAGAAGUAUGAAGAAUACAGGGCCGAUGAGCAGUAUAGUCUUAAUAAGCAGUUUUAA